AUGGAGGACACAGCAAAUGCACAGGCCAGUCAGUUGCGACAGCCUAAGAAGAGAUUCGUGGGCCGUCGAACUGCCGAUGCCCUGGCUCAGAAAGAACCAGCCGGCCAGACCGAUGUCGAGUCAACGCAGAUCCAGAAAGCUGCACCCAGACGGACGGCCCGGACUCUAAACCAAGUGCCCCCUGAAAUCCUCAAUGACCCUGAAAUCCAAGAAGCCAUGGAGCUGCUCCCCAAAAACUACUCCUUCGAGAUCCCCAAGACAAUCCACCGAGUACGCACCUCCGGAGCCCAGCGCGUGGCUCUUCAAUUCCCCGAGGGCCUUUUGAUCUUUGCCACAACUAUAUCCGAUAUCUUGACGCAGUUUUGUCCCGGAAUCGAGACCCUCAUUAUGGGCGACGUGACAUACGGCGCCUGCUGCAUUGACGACUACACCGCGCGGGCUCUUGGCUGCGAUCUGCUCGUCCACUAUGCCCAUAGCUGCUUGAUUCCCGUGGAUGUGACCAAGAUCAAAACUCUAUAUAUUUUUGUCGACAUUAGCAUCGACACUACCCAUCUAAUGGCAACCCUCGAGCGCAACUUUAAACCCGGUCAGACCAUCGCUACCGUCGGCACAAUUCAAUUCAACGCAACCCUCCAUGGACUGAAACCUGUCAUGGAGCGUGCCGGCUUCAAAGUGGUUAUCCCCCAAAUUAUGCCUCUCUCCAAGGGUGAAAUUCUGGGCUGCACAUCGCCCCAACUCAACACCGAAAUCGACGCUCUUCUCUACCUCGGCGACGGACGCUUCCACCUCGAAUCCGCCAUGAUCCAUAACCCCACUAUUCCUGCAUUUCGCUAUGACCCGUACUCGCGUACAUUGACUCGCGAGGGCUAUGACCAUAACGAGAUGCAUACUCUUCGACGCGAUGCGAUUUCAUCUGCCAAGUCGGCCCGCAAAUGGGGCAUCAUCCUGGGUUCCCUUGGCCGCCAGGGAAACCCCAACACGAUGGCAAUGAUUGAGCGUCAUUUGGCAGAUCGCGGGAUCCCCGUGGUGAACCUACUGUUGAGUGAGAUUUUCCCCGGCAAGCUGGCUUCCAUGGCCGAUGUCGAGUGCUGGGUUCAGAUCGCUUGUCCCCGUCUCAGUAUCGAUUGGGGAUACGCAUUCACGCGGCCGUUGUUGACACCAUACGAAGCACUCAUUGCGCUCGGUGUGCGUGAGAACUGGGACACUGCCAAUAAAGGCAUUUAUCCCAUGGACUUUUACGCCAAGGAGGGCUUGGGUCGCACGAAGCCGGAACAAGCUGUGCGUGCUGCUUGA